GCAUGCGCGGAACGUUCGGGAAACUUCACGAAGGGCAUUCGGCGGUUUCCGGAAGGAAGAGGCUGGUGGUUGUUGGAGUGCGGUGUGUGCGGCCGGCCGUUGCAUCCUUCCUCGGCUGUCACCAUGUCCUUGCUGUGCUACAACCGGGGCUGCGGACAACGUUACGAGCCGGACAGCAACAAGGAGGAUUCCUGCACUUAUCACCCUGGAGUACCAGUCUUUCAUGAUGCCUUAAAGGGGUGGUCAUGCUGUAAGAGAAGAACAACUGAUUUUUCAGAUUUUCUGAGCAUUGCGGGUUGCACAAAGGGGUUGCAUAGCAAUGAAAAGCUUCCAGAACCUGUAAAACCCGAAGUCAAAACUACAUCAGAGAGAAAAGAAUUGGCUGACUUAAAACCGAAAUUCAAUGAACAUAUAAUUCAAGCUCCAAAGCCAAUAGAGUCAAUAAAAAGACCAAGCCCAGAUGAACCCAUUGUGCGGUUACAACUAAAAGUAUCUGCAUCACUAAAACAAGCACUGGAAAAACUGAAACUUUCCUCAGGAAAUGAUCAGAUAGUAACAGAUGAGGAAACCGGAGAGAUCAAGAUCGGGACCUCCUGUAAAAAUGGAGGUUGUUUAAAGACCUUUGCUGGACCACAAACCAACGAAGAAGUUUGCCGAUAUCACACUGGAGUUCCUAUAUUUCAUGAAGGGAUGAAGUAUUGGAGUUGCUGCAAGAGGAAAACCUCUGAUUUUAAUACAUUUUUGUCUCAACAAGGUUGUUCCACUGGUACACAUCUAUGGAUAAAGAAAGAUGAUGGUAAGAAAGUAGUUCCAUGUAGGCAUGACUGGCAUCAGACCGGAGGUGGAGUUACCAUAUCAAUUUAUGCAAAAAACUCUGUGCCAGAGUUGAGCUUUGUAGAAGCAAAUAGUACACUGGUAAAUAUACAGAUCGUGUUUGAAGGCGAGAAAGAAUUUCUGCAGAAUGUAAAGUUGUGGGGGGUGAUUGAUGUUCAGAAAAGUUAUGUCACUUUGACCGCAACCAAGGUGGAGAUUUUCUUGAAAAAAGCUGAACCGAUGACUUGGGCACGAUUAGAAUUACCUCCAACUGUUAUAUCACCACCAAAACAGGACACCGCUUCGGAGGAACCAGAAUAGCUUUCAAACACCAUGGUGUUGGUGGAGUUUUUCAUAGGGAAUUGAAUGAUUUGCCUUCAUAAAUGACAAAUAUGCUAAAGUAUUUCUGAAUUCCAAAUGCUGCACCGUGUAUCACUGGCAUGAGUUUAAGUAUCCAGUCUGGAACCUUACUUCUCUAACUGACCUUGGUAGCACAGCUGACGGUUGAUCUCAAAGUUCCCGGCUUGAACGGGAAUCUGUCGUGCAGAAAUGUAUUUAUGUUCCGUAGCUUUUAUACAAAUCUAUAUAUUCAUUCCAUUAUAAACAAAUAAACAUGCAUACUUUAAUGUUUUAA